CUUACUUUUAAAAGUAUAUUAUUUUAAAUAAUCUAAUUUUAUUUUAAUUAAAUUAAUAUUUAUAACCCCAACACCAAAAAUAUGAAUAUAAUUUCAUACGCCUUAUAUAUUUUUACUACCGGUGUUGUCCUACUAAUAACCAUAGCUCUGGGUGGAAAAUGUCCACAGACACAGUACUCAGCCCUAAUCGCACCGUGCGUUUGCGAGAACGACACAUGGAUUACUUGUAGCACUAAUGAGUCCUUCAAUAUUAAGCGCACCUUUGAGUACAUCUCACAGUCUGUCCACUGGAAGGACAGACACUUCGAGCGCCUCAUCAUAAACGCCACGGAAUUACACGAAAUACCAGAAAUGGCUUUCGGAGACAUUGUGUUCAAUGAGCUACAGGUGCUCAACGCCCGCAAACUCCAUACCAUACAUACCAACGCAUUUGGAGCCACGCGUCUACACAUGAAACGCCUGUCCAUUACCGGUGCCGACAGCCUAACCACCACUACCUACCAGUACAACCUGUUUGAGGCCUUGUCCUCCAUCAACAACAUACAGGCGCUGGAAGUUACCGGCGCUAACCUCGUGGACAUACCUGAACGGGCGUUCAAA